AUGAAAAAUUCGUCGCAAAACAAAACCACUUCGCAACCAAAGAGUAGUUCUACUUCGGCAGAGGAAAGUUCAGUGAGUCCCAACUUUAUUAAAGGUGAAGACAAUACAAAAGAAUUAUAUGCCAAGUGCUGUUUAUUUUGGAAAAAGUUCGGAACUGAAUUCUCGCAGUGGUGGACAAAACAUCUUUCCGAAAGUAAUAGAAAAGAAAUAUUGCUGGAAGUUUCACCUUCAAUGAAAGAAGAACCUCCUCUUGAUAAACAUGAUUAUGAAUUUACGGACCAUUUAGUUCCCGAAUUAUUUUGGAAGGAAUUAUCAUGCAAUGAAAAUGCUUUAAUUUCUCUGUGCUCCAUUUACUGCGUCAUGCCAUUGGAAAAGAUUGAAGACAUUGAAUAUAAAAGAAUGUAUGCCGCAAAAGACGUUGCAUUCAAGAACGUUCAAUUACCAUAUGGUAAACUGACUGCAUAUCACGAUGGAAAAUUUUUCACUUUAAAGAAAGAUGCAUCAUUCUUGGAUGCCCAACGAUUUAUGGCAAUAGUUACGUUGUGUGAUGCAAAUACUUUUUUCCUUGUGCAUCAGAGAUUAUCCCUAUUAUAUCUAACAAUUGGACUAAUAAUGGACGAAUUUUUUGAGAAGAAAGAUGCCAGUGGACAAUUAAAAGCUGAAUUUGAAAAGGAGCUAUCACAACAGUCAAAAAAGUAG